UCUGAAUUUUUAACUAUUUAUAAAAUCUCUUCUGUUUAUUACACUGCAUACUUUAAUUCCAUUCUAUAUACCUUGUUUUCUUUGCUUGUGUUUCUUCAAAUCCAAGUUUGCCAAUGUCUUUAGUAGGACGGCCAAAUGCUACAUCAGGCAUGGGUGUUGCUGAUCACACCAAAAAGACCUUCAUGGAGUUGAAGCAAAAGAAGGUCUAUCGUUAUGUGAUCUUUAAGGUUGAUGAAAAGAAAAGGGAGGUUUUGGUUGAGAAGACUGGUGGUCCUGGUGAGAGCUAUGAUGAUUUCACUGCUUCUUUGCCUGAGAAUGAUUGCAGAUAUGCUGUGUUUGACUUUGAUUUUGUCACUUCUGAGAAUUGUCAGAAGAGCAAAAUCUUCUUCAUUGCAUGGUCCCCUUCAACAUCUCGAAUCCGUGCCAAGAUGCUCUAUGCCACGACUAAAGACAGGUUAAGACGUGAGCUAGAUGGUGUCCAUUAUGAAAUCCAGGCUACUGACCCCACAGAAAUGGAUCUUGAAGUGCUCAGAGACCGUGCACAUUGAAAUGUUAUAUGCUGUUACUUAUGUUGUUAACAAAAUCUACCAGGUUCUACUUUCAAUGAAGUACCUCUCCAUGCUUUAUCAUGUGCAAAGCCCAUCUUGUCACAAAAACAUACCUCAAAUAAUAUGAACCUGAAGGCUGAUGGGUUUAAGUUUUUGGCAGUUACUAUUGUAAAUUCCAGUUUGCUUGACUGUUCUGUAUGACCAUGACUUUAUGGAACCAGAUUUCUUAAAUAUUUAAAUCCCAUGGUAUAACUUUAAC